CCUUCCUUUCUAUUUUUAUUUUCUUAUCAAUCUACAUUCAUUCAUUCACUCUCUCACUUCUACCUACACAUGCCAUUCUUUAUUAUUGCAGAGAAAAAGAAAAAAAGAAGAUAUAUCAUAUGGUUCUAUGUAUGCUUGUGUGUACAUGGGAAGUGGGAACAGUACAAGAUUAAUUGGACUGAAUAAACUACGAGAAAGGAAGAAGAUUACUUAAACGGCUCUCAAGUUUUUGUGAAUUUUUUAUUCCAUUAUAUAGCUCAUAAGGGUGCUUAUAAUGUUUCCAGAAUCUAGAUAGUGGUCAAAGAUACAUAGCAUCAGUCUACUUGCUUUUAACAUAUUGAGAUAGAGACUAGAGAGAGAGAGGGGAAGGCUAUGCUUAAUUGCUUUGCAUUAGAAAGAAUGAGAAGAUUGUAGCUAGGUGGUAUGAAAAAUUGAUGAGAUAGAGAUAUUAUUGGUGAGUGGUGCUACUAUUAUUGUUUGAUAGAGAAGUAUUUAUGGGGAAAAAGAAGCGACAAAAAACGAAGGAACUUUGGGUAGCGAUAGCUGAGGCUUCAUCUAAAGGAGGUGACACCGAACAACCUCAACCUCAACCUCCUCGAAAAAGAGGAAGGCCUCGUAAGGUUGUUGUGGUGGAAACGGAAAGUGAGGCCAAAAAAGUGGAACCUCAACCAAUAGAGGAACCACAGCCAGAAGCUUCCACUACAGCAACCAAGAAAGAAGAGGAACAUGGGAAGCAUCAAGAAGAGUUAACAUCGGAAUCCAAAGAAGGAGUGUUCCAAGAGAUUCAACUCCCAAAAGGGGAACCCUCCAGAAGCAGGGCUAGGCGGAAAAGCAAACCCAGAAAAAGCACUUAAGAAUAUCAUUACCUUUUUUAAUUUUCUUCUCCAGAACUAAGUAAUUCAAAGAAAUUAUUUGCUUUGCUUCUUCGUCUUUUUUAAGGAUUCAUAUCAUGGAAACAACAGCCAUCCAAACAACUUUUUCUUCAGGUUACGUUUUCACCUUAUCUAAUCCCUGUGCUAAUACUGUAUCAUGGUCUACCAGACAACUUUGAAUUGAAUACAAUGUUUCAUUCACA